CAACACUACUAUAUAACAAAUAAUUUGAGCUAUAAGCAGCUGCCUGAUUAUUAGAAUGUCUGAGUUGGAGUUUGAUGAUGAAGUUGAUGCUGAAGAAGAAGAAGAAGAAGAAGUUGAUGCUGAAGAAGCAGAAGAGGAAGAAGCAGCUGAUGAAGGAGCAGGAGGUGAAGAAGAUGAUGAUGAUGAUGACGAUGAAGAUGACGACGAUGAUGACGAAGAUGAUGAAGAAGACCUGGUUGAUCCAUUAGUUACAGAAAGAGAGCGCUGUAUCAACUCCUUUGACUGUCACGGUUUCAGACAUGCCCUUGAAGCUUGUAAUGCCCGUGUUAAAGACGAAGGUAUCCAAGAGAACUGCACUCCUGAGUUCUUUGACUUGUUAGAAUGUCGGGACAAAUGUGUCGCUCACGGAGAUAUCUUCAAAACCUUGCUCAAAUAAGGAGUACCAUCAUGUACCUAGAUCAGUGUCUGCUGUUGUCCGGACUCUUGUGACGGGCUCUACCAAUAUAGUGGUGUUUGAAAUACUUCUCCGAAGAAACUUAAGGGUUUUGUUUGCUUUCAAGAAAGGGUUGUCACGAGAAUUAUUAACUGCCUAGGCUUUUUCUAUGUUAAGAAUAUAACCCAUGAUAAUAGGUUCCUUUGUAACUAAGAAAAUAAUGUGUUAUAAGUAUAGUCCGUCUCUUUAAUUUAUUGAAUUGCUUUAGAUUGUGUUUUGUAUCGUGUAUUUAAACAUCCCAUUUCUCAUGACAUAAUGCAAUUGUUUUCAAUGUUUGGAAUCAAUAAAAAUCAGCCAGUUAUUUUA